GAAAAAAAAAGAAAGGGACUUUCUUUUAUAUAUAGAUAUAUAGAUAUAUAUUAUAUUAUAUACAUAUACAUAUAAAUAUACAUAUAUAUUUAAGCAUACACACACACACACACACACACACACACACAUCUAUAUAUAUAUAUUUAUAUAUAAUAAUAAAGCUUGUGCACUUCUUUGGAUCAGGUCAAUGUCUAACCAGAAUCCCGAUGCCGCAACAAUCUAUGUUCAGUUUGAAGAAGCUUGUGCUGACUUUCAGGUACCAGCCACACGAGCUGCAGCAGAACUUGUCUUAAGUUCAUUUUGUCAGCUGCCAAAGGCACUUGCUCUAUGCCAGUAUAUUCUGGACAGAGCACAGAGCCCGAUGGUUCAGUUCCAAGUGGCUCAUGCCAUAGGUAAAAUAGCUGUAAGAGACUAUUCUCUUUAUGAGCUAUCGGAUUUGAUCCAGCUCAAGAAUUACAUGAUUGAUUACUGUGCCCAAAGACCAACGCUUCUGAAAUAUGUCCGAGAACAACUCUUGUUGGCCAUCGCUUUGAUCACCAAAAGAAGUAUGUUUGAUAUUUCUGAACAAGACAGAAUGACCAUCUUUCAAAAUAUCAAACAAUUGUUCAAUUCUCCGGGCGAUGGACCAGUUCUUGGGGUUUCUUUGGCCAAUGCAUUGGUAGAUCAAUUCUCCAACACAAAAUCAGCAACAGUCGGCCUUCCUUGGGAGUUUCACUACAAAUGCAAGGUGUUCUUUGAGACUCGGUUUUUGCUUCCAAUGUUGGAACAAACUGUAACAAAGUUACAUCAAGUCGUAUCACAGACAAACCACUUGUCUUCACCUCCGCCUCUUUUACUCGUUCAGUGCCUUGAACUCUUGGAAAAGAUUCUCCAUUGGGAGUUUGAGUCAACCAGUGCUAGCAAUGCGCUUCCGGGAUCGUUUGGAAAGACAGGAAAUGAUGCAGACGAUUUUGACCGGGAAGAUGGUCCUUCGACAGUUAAGAAAGUGUUUACCAUCUUUCCUACAAGCUGGCAACCAGUGGUUGGCAACAGUGAAGUUCUUUGGCUGUUCUUUAGAACAUAUAAUCUGGUUCAGACAGAUGAUGUGUUGGCUCAUCGGUGCAGACAAUGUCUUGUCCAGCUUUCGGGUUUCCAAGAAUAUUUCUUUGGUCAUGACUCAACUGCUGUAAAAUCGUAUACUACCACAUUGAUGAAUGGUACCUUGAAGUUAAUGAACGAUAUUCUUGAACUUGGUACAAAUCCAGACGUUUUAUCCGAGCAAGGACCUCACAUCUUGGGAACUAUUCAGAUGACCAGAAGAUUACUAGAAAACAUUCCUGUAUCUAUUCUUUGUCUAGUUCCUGACUUUUUUCAAUUCUUAAAUGCCAUCGGACGAUUGACGGUUGUGUGCCUCAGAGGUUCGGUUACUGAUGCCGAAGAGGGUUGGUUGAGUGAGGCCAGUGACGAGUGUCUCGAGACAUGGGUCAGAUUGGCUGAUGAAGUUCAGCCUGCAUAUGGUCAACAACAACAACAACAGUCUGGAAGAGCCGUGAUCUCGGGUAUGUCUGAGAUGGACAGUGAGCAUUUGUCAAACUACAUGAAGACGGUUGCUUAUCAGGUGGUCGAGACAUACAUCGAUGCUCGUCUGGAGAGUUCGAUUCUUGCUAUGAACGAUGAAGAAGAGGAAGAUGAGAUUGACAGUGGAUUUAAAGACUGGGAUGUGUACGCAGACCAGCUUACAUGUAUUGGUACUCUGGGAAGACUUCAUCCUCAUCAGUGUAUUUUACGCCUGCAACUAUUGCUGGGAAGCUGUUUUGACCGCCUAAAGGCAUACUUUGUGUCAAACACAAUCAAUUCUGAUGGUAAAUUACUUCUUCUUCACGAGCAAUUGCACUGGAUUAUCCUGAUUACUGGUCAUAUUUUGGCCGAUACCGGAAAGGGCGAACAACCCAUGAUCCCAGAUUCCAUUAUGCAAUUGUCUGGGUCUCAGGCUAUUGAGCAAGACCCUGUUGUAAAUGUCUCUAGACAAGUAUUGGAAUUGUUCAGAUUCUCAUCUAGUUUUGGACCCAAUUCAAUGGAGGCUUCUAAUUGUAGCCCGCGUGUGGCUGCAACAUUGGUUUGGUUUAUGGAACGUUGGUCAAAAUCCUAUCUUUUGGUAGAUGAGAACGAAUAUGGUUACAUAAGCCCUAAUAUUGCAAAAGCAUUCGGAAGACCUGGACCAUCUGAUGGACAAGGUGUACAUAUUAUCGAUUUCUCCAUUGAACAAAUGAAGACCAAUUUUGCAUUGUGGAGUGCGGAUCCAGAUGUCUUGUUGCAGCUUAUCUCUUGGCUUAACUCAUGUGGAACUUGCGUAAACACAAAGAGCUAUUUGUUACAGUCAAACAAGUUCCCAGACUUGGUUCAGUUUGUCACAGCAAAUAUGGAACAGUUACCAGAGGUCGUACACAAUUGCUUAAUCCAGACUGUGGCCUCAAUUUCGAGUAGCUCAACUGAUGCCAACACACGCGACAAUUACUUUGGUUUGAUAUUCAAGAUGAUUGAGAAACGUCUAGGCGAUGUAUUGAGACACCCAAAUUUUCAACAGAAUUUUCAACACACAGAAUUUAUGAACCAAGUAUUGGACUCACUAGAGAUGUUGGAUGGUCUGGCUCUUGCCUGUCAAUUCAAUAACACUCCAAUCAUCUUUGGCUUUUGUUCUGGAUUCUUUGAAAGUAUUGUUCAACUCAUGUCGCUCUACAAAGAUGUGUCUCAGGUCCAACUCCUGAUUCUCCAGCUCUUUGUAGAUCUCGCCGGGCGCCUGGAUUUUGGUGUUCUUGGGCAAGACCAGAAGCAAAUGUUUUUCCGUGUCGUCAUUGAAAUCUUGCGGAUCUUUGGGGCUGUCAAUCAGGGCAAGAAAAAGAUGCACAGCCAAGAGGAGGAGGAAGACAAGCCCUAUGCAGAUGUAUCUGCUGCACUGAUCCUUCUGUCCAACAUAAUGGCAUCAGAAUUCGAAGACUUUAACCAAAACAAAAAUCAACUUUUGUCAAACUCAAACUCUGAUGUAGCCAACGUUGUUCUUUUUGGUGUCAAUGUGAUUAUUCCCAUGGUAGAUAUGGAGAUGCUAAAGAUUCCUAAUCUCUGUCAAGAAUACAUAAAAUUGAUAUCGCACCUUAUCGAAGUCUUUCCGGAAAAGUUGACCGGUCUUCCUGUGGACUUGUUUAAUAACCUUAUGGCCAGUCUGGAAUUUGGUAUUGGACAUGACAUUGCAGACAUCAAUAUUCUUGCCCUGCAUGCUGUUGCACCCCUUGCCCUGUGGGCACAUGUGCAACAACAAUCCAACCAUGCAUCAGCCAAUUUCGACUUAUUAAAGCAGGCGCUCAGUAAAUUCCUUGCACAACUGGUCAAGGUCCUCUUGUUUGAACACCUGGAUGGACAGGUGGUAGAUGCGGCCACCGAAGCCUUGUUGGCUCUGAUUUGUUCCCAAAGGGAUGAUUACAUGGCCAUUGUGAAUCAGAUCAUUGUACAGCAACCAGCAGAUAUUCAGUCUAGAUUACUCUUUGCUUUCCAAACCCUUGACCAGGCAACCCCUACUCAAUUGGCGUAUUCUUUGCCUCCUAGUCGGAAUGCACCAAAAUUUAGAGAGGCUCUUUUAUCGUUCCUAAUGGAUGUCCGAGCUGUACUGAGAGUCAAGUAGAUCUAAAAGCGUAAAUCGUAAACACAAUUAUAUAUAUAUAUAUAUGUGCGUGUUUAUCGGUAUAUGUACAAUAAAUAAAUAAAUAAAUAAAUAAAUAAAUAAAUAAAAAAUUAUUCACUUU